AUACAUACACAGGCCGGGCCCCGGGAAGAACCAGGCCGAGCCCGAGCGGCAGCUUCAAACAGAGAGAGAGAGAGAGAGAGAAAAUCUCCUUCACUUCCCCUUUCCCUACCCGGCCAUUUCGCCCGUCUGACAAUGGCAGCUCCAAAACCGCGGAGUUAAAAAUCUGCCCCAUCUCCCUCCUCCCUCCGCCCCUUCCCCAUUAAACUGCGAGCGGCCUGGACAUCCUCCCCUCCCUCCUCCUCCUCCUCCUGGAUUAAUUCAGUCUGUGAAUACCCAUCAAGCUGAGCCUCACUGGCUCUGACUAUAAUGGAACAACCUGCAGGCUCAACAGGAGAGAGGGAAAGUUGAGGAUGCGGGGGCAACACGAUGGAUCUCUCCUUCACAUUCAUGAAAGGUAUCAUGGGAAACACGAUUCAACUGCCGCAACAACUUAUUGAUUCAGCCAAUAUGAGGCAGGUUCCUGAUGUUCUGAAUGCCAGCAGUGGCAUUAGGGAAGACAGAGGGCAAUCCUAUGAGGCUUCCCUACAGCAAGGGUUUAUCUUUCCUGCUUCUGGUGCUGAUACAGUCCCACCAGUCACCAAUGGCUACUCAAGUGUUAACAUGUAUGAAACAACAAACAAAUGCCCAGCAUACUCUCAGCUCCCCAAUGGAUCUGCCAAUGGCUAUGGAACUUAUAGGAAUUUUGGUUCCACUGACUGUUAUACAGGGGGAAACUACUUGGUGAAACAGCCUGAGAUUCAGGAGAAAGCGCCGUCUCCACCUGUUCCUGAACCUGUCACCCCAAAGAAGACAGGCUCUCCAGAGAUUAAACUGCGUAUCACUAAAACCUACCAUAACGGGAAGGCACUAUUUGAGUCCUCACUCUGUGGGGAUCUCCUGAAUGAACAGCAGGCUCAGGCUGCUGAGUCCACAGUGGCCCGCAAACAAAAAAGGGAGAAAAAGAAAAGGAAUAAGCAUGAUUCUGCCAGCGCUGAGAGCCAGGAACAUAAAACUGUCAAGGUGGAGCCUGAAGAAUGCAAAAUAAUUUGUGGAAAUCCUGUUGUCCAGGUCCAUCGGUUACCAGUUUCUGGAAACCAGACUAUUGUUUCAACUUAUUACCAGAUUGGAGACUUAGUAUGGGCAAAGGUUGGCACUUAUCCCUGGUGGCCCUGCAUGGUGUCCUGCGAUCCAUUGCAACAAGUUCAUACCAAGAUCAACACAAGAGGUGCUCGAGAAUACCAUGUACAGUUCUUUGGGACGGUGCCAGAAAGAGCCUGGAUCCAUGAGAAGCGGGUGGCACCCUACAAGGGACGCUCACAGUACAGUGCCCUUGUUGCACAAACUGCCAAACAGGCCAGCAAUGCUGCAGAGAAACAAAAGAUUCUGAAGCCCAUAGCACAAAGAAUUCGUCCUCAGUGGGAUGUUGGCAUAACUCAAGUCGAAGAUGCAUUGAGAUUGACUCAGGAGGAAAGGAUAGCACAGUACACUUUCAUUUAUGUGGACGAAAAGCCUGAUGCAUCAGCAGAUACGACUGCAACAUCGUUAAAUGUCGAAGUAAAGAGAAGUAGACGACUUGGAACGUUGUCCAGUCCUCCAUGCGACCAGACAGUGGUGAAGCAGGCAACACUCGCGAUUCCCGCUGCCAGUAACGCAGGUCAGCGCACACACGAAAGGCAAGCAAAUAUCCAAGAGCCUCCCCCCAAAAUGACUUGGAGAACAGCCGCGGCUAGAAAAUCACUGCCGCCUUCCCUUGCAAACCUCAAGGGGAACCAGGCUGAGAAAAGAAAUGGUGGCAGCUCUGACUGUGAGGUGUUGCCAGUAAGAAAAAAUGAUCAGGUACUUAAAAUCGAGGAGAAGGAUGCCAAUGGAAAAAUGCCUAAUCAAUAUUUAAUUGCCUCUAAGAGGAAUACCACAAGGAAGGGAACGAGUAUUAAAGCAGAGCCAUCGCCAAAAGAAGUUAAUGAAGUUCUCAUCACACCGUUAAGCCUGCGGAGUGAGAAACGAGAAGCAGAAGUUCAUUCCUCUGUGCACGGAGAGGCUCAUCCGAUUUCAUCAGAAAGGAAACAGCAAAGAAGAUCAGUUAGAAGUCGCUCUGAAUCUGAGAAAUGUACUGAAGUUGUGCCAAAAAAGAAAAUGCGAAAAGAACAGAUGGAAACUAUUCCAACAACAUCAGAGAUUGGCCCACAGAUGGGUGCAUCAUUACCCCAUGCUCAUGGAACAGUGAGUUCAGCUCUGCCAGGUGCCAGUGAGCUUUCCGAUUCCUGCAAACCACUGAAAAAACGUAGUCGGGCUUCUACAGACGUGGAGAUGACAAGUCCAGGUUACAGGGAAAUGGCCGAUUCUGAUUCCAGAGGACUCCUGAGUGAGGUUGGCUUAGAGAAGAGAGCUGACAGCCCAGCAGUUCCUCCAGGUGCAGAUGUCUCCGAUGAAACAUCAAUGGAUUCAUGUUUGUCCAGACGUGGCAGUGGAACAUCAAAGAAAGAUAAUAUCUGCCAGAUCUGUGAGAAGCCUGGAGAAUCUCUUGUACCCUGUGAGGGAGAGUGUUGCAGAGUCUUUCACAUAGAGUGUCUAGGAUUGGCAGAGCUACCUAAUGGGAAGUUUACAUGUAUGGAAUGCACAACAGGAAAUCACACUUGUUUUUCUUGCAAGUUGUCUGGGAAGGUUGUGAAGAGGUGUUCAGUGAAUUCGUGUGGAAGAUUUUACCAUGAAUCCUGUUUGAGGAGUUAUUCUUCUGCCAUGUUUGAAGGAAAAGGUUUCCGUUGUCCUUUGCACUGCUGUUUGGCAUGCUUAGCAGAUAACUGUGAAAUGGCUAAAGCAACAAAAGGUCGCAUGCUGCGCUGUUUGCGGUGUCCUGUGGCUUAUCACACGGGGGAGAGCUGUAUUGCAGCUGGCAGCCUUGUCCUUUCAACUCACAGCAUCAUCUGCAAUAACCAUUCCAGCUUGAAGAAGGGCAGUCGUGCGUCUCUCCAAGUAAAUGUAAGCUGGUGCUUUAUCUGUGCUAGAGGGGUGAUUGAGCAAGACCAAUCCGAAACCCUUAUCAGUUCUUAUACAUAUAAGUCGCACUACCUCCUGAGCGAGUCAAAUCGUUCGGCUGAGUUGUUGAAAAAACCUAUGAUUCCUCCCUCACCGUCAACUACAGUAAAGAAAUGUGGGAAAGGUGGCCGCCUGUUGUGCUGUGAAUCCUGUCCCGCAUCCUUCCACCCUGAAUGCUUAACAAUUGAUAUGCCAGAAGGGAACUGGUAUUGCAAUGAUUGUAAAGCUGGCAAGAAAUCACGCUACAAGGAAAUCGUCUGGGUCAAACUGGGCAUCUACAGGUGGUGGCCAGCAGAGGUUUGUAAUCCCAAAUCUGUGCCACUUAACAUUCAAGCAAUGAAGCACCAUAUAGGAGAAUUCCCUGUGCGUUUCUUUGGAUCGAAUGAUUACUAUUGGGUGCAUCAGGGCAGAGUCUUUCCUUACUUAGAAGGAGACAAGGGCAACGUGUCCGACGGGCGUGCUGGUGGUAUUAAUGAGAUUUUCAAAAAAGCACUGGAAGAAGCUGCUAAACGAUUCCAAGAGCUAAAGUUAUUGAAAGAGAGCAAGGAAGCACUAGAAAAUGAACGCAACGAAAGAAAGCCGCCAGCAUAUAGAUUCAUUAAAACAAACAAACCAAUUGGGAAAGUACAGAUCCGUGUUGCUGACUUGUCAGAAAUCCCAAGGUGCAACUGUAAGCCCACUGAUGAAAACCCUUGUGGACUAGAUUCAGAAUGUCUGAACCGAAUCCUGAUGUACGAGUGCCACCCGAUUGUCUGUCCAGCUGGAGAAAGGUGCCAGAACCAGUGCUUCACCAAACGCCUAUACCCUGAGACAGAGCUUGUGAGAACAGAAGCACGUGGCUGGGGCCUCUGUACUAAAGUGGACAUUAAAAAGGGUCAAUUUGUGACUGAGUAUGUUGGUGAAUUAAUUGAUGAAGAAGAAUGCAGAAACCGCAUAAAACAUGCUCACGAAAGCAACGUUACCAAUUUCUAUUUAUUGACUUUAACCAAGGAUCGGAUCAUUGACGCUGGGCCCAAAGGCAAUUACUCCCGCUUCAUGAACCAUAGUUGUAAUCCAAACUGUGAGACGCAGAAAUGGAUGGUGAACGGUGAUACGCGUGUUGGGCUCUUUGCACUUUGUGACAUACGAGCAGGAUCUGAACUAACCUUCAAUUAUAACUUGGAUUGUUUGGGCAAUGGAAAGACAGUAUGUAAGUGUGGAGCUCCCAACUGCAGUGGGUAUCUGGGUGUGCGUCCAAAGACUGCUGCUGCAACAGCAAAUGAAGAAAAGGCAAAAAAUGCGAAGAAGAAGAUGAAGAAACGUAAAACCAAAAUAGAUGUCAGAAAAAUGCAUGAGGACUAUUGCUACCGCUGCUGUGAUGGAGGCGAGCUGGUGAUGUGUGAUAAGAAGGAUUGCCCCAAAGCAUAUCAUCUCUCGUGCCUAAAUUUGACCAAACCACCAUUUGGGAAAUGGGAAUGCCCUUGGCACCACUGCGACGAGUGUGGUAAAUCAUCCACCUCCUUCUGCGAUUUCUGCCCAAACUCCUACUGCAAGGAGCACCAGAAGGGAGCCUUGACUGCUUCAGCGCUAGACGGCCGCCUCUGCUGCUCUGAGCACGACCCAAACUGCCCGACAGAAUUUGAUUCAUCGUCCUCUGUCAGCCUUCAGAACAAUUCAGCAGCUGAGGACACCGGUGAAGAAACCACCGAGUGAAUGCUUCCAAAUGGAGAUGUCAUGGACUUGCAGUACUUAUCAGGGCAACCUUUAGUGUUCUGCUAUAAAGGGCUCUGGGGAUUGUACAUAAUGCAGAGUGGAAAACUCAGAUUCCGAGGGAGUAAGUAAAGAUGACCAAAAGAUUGUUUUGAUUUUUUUUUUGUUUUGGACGCCUCAAGGUGACAAUUGUCCUUGAAGAAUUAUUGUAACGACAGGAAACAGUGCUCAUUUUUGUCUUUCUCUAAAUUGUUCGUGUUUAGUGGUAUUUGUGUCCGAUUCUUGAUGUCAGAAGAAAAACUUGCCCUUAUCCACUAAAAACCAAAAUCUAAGGAUAAUGCUAUGUAGCUUGUUUGAUUCAUGUUUAAAUUAAAAUUAAUAGUUGUGGGUAGGGGAGGGUGUGGGGGUAGAAAAGAAUGGACAAUAUAAGAAUUUGUUUGGGUGGUCAAAAUGGGAAAUCUGACACCCAACAUCCCCCACCUGCCCCCAGUCUAAAGAUGGAAAGUGGAUUAUGUACAGCACUUUGUUAAUUUUGAAGAACCUUGCAGUGGACCACCAGGAUCUGCUAAUACCAGGAGCAGGAAAAUAAAACCCACGUUAGAAGCAAUCGUAAACUGCCAGAUGAACAGUUCUUGAGCCUCAAGCUUUGACAGGGCAAGGAAGAGAAUAUGAAAGGGUUUAAAUCCCAGCACAGUAUACAGGUAUGAAGCCUAACAGUAGCUGGUAGUGUCAUGUUUUCUUUGAGGUUCAGAUAAUGCAAAUAGCCCCAGCUAUGACCUUUGUGGCUUCGGAUGUCAUCUGAUAUUCAAGUGUGGAAUGUAUUUCCCACAUUUUAAUUGUAAUUUUUAUUGAUAUUUACGGUCGUUUUUUCUCCAUGUAUGAGUGAGCAUUCUAAUUUGAGUUCUGCCUUUUCGGAGUUCAUAUUUUCUGUUAUCAGCACUACCAUUAUGGCUACGUUGAUGUGAUUUUAUUAUUUUUAUACAUUUAUAUGUAAAAAGCAAAAUUAUGAUCAAAAAAAUCAUGAUUUUUAAAAAAAACUGAAGUGUCAUCUUUACUCUUAACAGAGUGUUUUAUGGACAACUAAAAUGCUCUUACUGACUGAAAGUACUCCUAGAAUCAUAGAAUCAUAUGUGGCGCAGAGGAGGCCAUUUGGCCCAACACACCUGUGCCCGCUCUGAAAGAGCCACCCAAGUUUUCUUUUGCUCCUUCGUCACUGUUGAAUCUGCUUUCACCAUCCUUUCAGGCAAAUGCAUUCUUGAUCAUCAUAACUUGCUGUGCAAAAAAAAAUCUCCUCAUCUUCCCUCUUUCUUUUACCAGUUUGCCUGUAUGUUAAAUCUGUCUUGUGGUCACUGACUCCCCACCGCCUCCCCACAAUCCCCCACCAAUGCAAACAGUUUCUCACUCUGUACUUUACCAAAACCCCUCAUAAUUUUGAACAUUUCCAUUAAAUCUCGUCUUAACCUUAACUGUGAAUCUAUGAUUCUAUGCUGAAGUACCCUUGUAUAUAAUAAACAUUUAAAUAUGUCUGUAUAUUUAAAAUAACCUUAUACCUAUCAUGUUCUGAUACUAGAACUUCGGUAGAAUAAACUUGUGAUAUUUGUUUUUCAGCGUUAUUCACGCAUUGUAUUUAAUGGCAAAAAAAAACUUCCUCAUCCAUCACAUGUCUACGUGUUGCAAAUUCAGGGUAUCUGUUGAAAAAUGUCUCGGUAAAACUGCCAAGUUUCCUCAGUUGCUUGAACUGAAUUCUAUCAUCUUUUUCACUCAUUUGCUUUCCUACUUUGAAUUUUCUUCCAGUGGCUCAUGGCUGAGCUGUGACUAUUGAGUACUAUCUACCUUCGGAGACUCCCUCCCUGACUGUUAGCUGUGUCAAUCCCUUCUAAAACCAGCAACAACAAAAAGAGUAACUGUCUAUUGGCAGAUGUGUACAGGAUUGUGAACCUAAAAUUGGCCAAUUUUACAAAUGCAUCUUUUGGUUGAGAACAUUGGAUUUCCAUGUUCCAUCUUUGCUUAGUGUGGUCUUUGUGCACCAAUGUGUAUAGAUAUUAGAUAAAAUGGCAGCUGAUGGGAGAUAGAUGAGGAAGGGGGAAUCUUCCUCUGGUUCCAAACUGCAGGUCUCUCCAUUCCCAAAAUUGUCUGGAACCGCAUCUGUCUCUUGCAUUCCAUUCGCAAUCAACCUCCAAUUUAAGUACGUUACUGUCUUCAGUUCCGAGUGGGACUUGAAAAUAAGUGAAAUGUGUAAUAAAAACAGAAAAUGCUGGAAAAACUCAGCAGGUCUGUGAAGAGAGAAGCAGAGAUAAUGUUGAGUUCGUAUGACUCUUCUUCAGAAGUGAAGUGUGUGUCCAGUCUACUUGGAUAGAUGGACAAUGUUGAGAUUUUUGCAGUGGGUAGUGAUGUCACUCCGUCUCAGUUUUUGUAGGAUUUUCGUUACUACCAAGGGGAGAUUUCCACUUGCCAUAGUCAGUGCACAAACUAUGCUGGAAGGAAAUGUAAGAUGCUUAUUGAAGUGGCUUUCUCUCCUCCUUCACCUGAUUGCUUUUGCCCAAACCAAUUUUGUUUCUUUUGCUGCAUUCUGUUUGUGAGAUUACUUUAGACUCCUCCCAGAUUUAUCAGUUUUACAUUUCAACUUCCAUUAUCUGUUUGUGCUUUCUCAACAAAAAUUUUUACAUGAAACUAUGUUCAUUUUGAAUGAGAUUUUUAAUUUAAUCAUGUAUCUUUCCCCCUUUCUGUCUCUCCCACUGAGUCUGGGAUCAUACUCAAGUGGGAGAACAGCUGGAAGUCUCAAGUUUCUUUUUAAAUCAAGUCCGUGGAAGGAACAUGUGAAAGUGUCUUGUUCUAGCUGGAUUGUUGCACUAAGUUAUUCCUGGGGAUAGAUAUGGUUACUGUGUGUCUCCUGCUCCCGCUUUGCCCUGUUCAAUAAAUCACCUACUACCCAUGCUUAGACUUGUUGGUAUUAUAGACGAGAGUUUGAGUAAUACAUCACCUUGCCAAAUCCAUGGGAAGACUGAAGAAAGCACAGCUACUUCUCAUCUAGGGUGACCUCAUAGGCAGACCACAAUGAAUAAGGAUAGAUGUCUUAGACAUGUAAAAAUUGAUCUUUGAGUCACCGCAGCUCCAGUGACCACUGCUCAGCAGUCCUAAGUAAGGGCUGUAGGUCUGAUUGACACCUGCACACCCCCACCCCAACCACCUGUUUUCCACAAAUGCAUGCAAAACUGCUGGCCAUGUCCUCCUUUUGGGUUUUUGUUUCAUAAUUGGACAACUUGACUCAUUUCUCCCAGAAAAUAGCUCACAGCACUGACCUAGGAACUAUAACUACCUUCUGUGUAUCUCUGCUGAGACUUUUCAUUUUGUUGUGCAAUUGUAACAAGAAAUACACUACAUGGUGACUGUGGUUGUGCAAUGUGCCACCAGUCCAGCAAGCUAACUCAGUUUGUCUACCUGCAUGGUGAUCCUUUUCCCUUCUGCAGUCAGAGUUAGCAUUUUAAUAAUAGUUUUAUAAAUUGGUUGAAACCCAUAUGCACGCAGUCUUUUUUUUGACACAAAGGGUCUUUGAGCAUUGUGCAUGUCCAUUGGAGCAGCGGUUUUAAAAUGACAGGAAUGUAGUCAUUCAUGUCAGCCAAGCUUUCAUGGGCAGUACAGGGAGACUGGGGUGGAGGGAGGUGCAAGCACUGACUUUUAACUUAGCUGGUGGUCAGAACUAAGCCUCAAAAUCGGGCAGGGAAAACACUUCCCCCCCUCCACCAUGCACCCACCGUUCCAGCCUUUGCUGCCCUACUCAGCAGUUUGUUGAACAAGAAGUGUUAAGAUGAAGCAUAUUUUGCAGAGGAGAGAAGGGUGUAAUAAAGGUUCCUCGAUUUCCACAAAUAUCAUUUGAAAACUGAGCUUUAACAUGGCAUGCAUGGGCUAGUGAGCUGGUGGUAUAUCAGUUAAGUUGAUCCUUUAUCCUUGACCCAUUGCUCACCUUUGGCUUAAAACUCAGUGUGUUAGUUUGAAAAUGUGCUGUCAACUGUGACUUAAUGGUUGGAUUGUAUGUCAUGUGGCACUAACUUUCUCUUUUUUUGGUAUAUUUUGACUGUUGUUGACUGGUAUGGGUUUAUGUCAAUAGGAUGUAAAAAAAAAAAUUAAUAUAGAAAUUCACAUGAUGCUUUGUGUUUCCUCGAUGUCCUAGUUUGUGAACUGCCAACUUGUGAUCCAACACAGGUGGGGGGAGGAGAGAGGAGUAUUUCCAAGAAUGUUGAAGCUUAGUCUUUUAAUUGACAAUGGCUUGUAUCAUCGAUGUGUUGUCCUUAAUAAAUGAAAAUAUAUUGAAAACAUCUGGCAAAGGAUUGCGCAUGGCUUGUGGGAUGCAUUUACAGUGGAAGGAUGAGGAAUCUUUGAACAGAGUAUUUACUGUGAUAAGUCUGGGAUAUGCCAGAUAGGAAGUUUAUGAUCGAAAAAAAAUCUCUGCAAUUCAUCCGUUUAAAUAGAUAGGAAUUUGUAUUGCCUUUUGGGGUGCUAAAUCAGGGGUGCUAUAUAUAAAUGUUAUUGGGUGAUAGGAAAAAGCAAAGCAUGCAAAUGAGUCCCAGGCUAAUUGUUCUCAGGAUAGCAGGUUCUUAAGCUUAACUCUUCCCAUUUCUGUGAGAUUGCCUGCAUUGAUUUUUGAAUCUACAUGUGUUUGCUUGACACCACUGAAGAUUUCCUAAAUGAAGAAAAGAGUUUUUGAAAACAGGAGGCCUGAUUGGGAGUCUCAAGGCAGGCAGAAAAUGUGACAUGCCUUUGUGCUUUCAGCACUUUAUGCUAGUUUAUAAAAAAAAAAUUCCCUCUGGUUGGAAGGCCAUGCUCCAAAUACAAUUGCAGAAUGCUUAUUGCUCACAACAUUUUAAAAUGUUAAGGGAUGAUUGUGAAUCCAAUGGGAAGGGUCUGGACCACUUCGAGGAGGAAAAUUGAAACAUUAAUUGCACCCAAGAAGGAUGUUCUAAGCCAUGUUUUGUUAAGAGUAUUGGUUUCAAUAUUUGAAUAUUAAUUGUAUUUCCCCCCAUAUCCUGCUAGUUUUAGUUCAGUUGCUUCGCAUCACCUGAUGGAAAAGGGUGUCUUAUCAUUGUUCUAGAUUGUAAUGCUGAAUACCAGUUGGUCAGUGGGAGGAGCGUUUUAUUAAUUAAAUGUUAGUCUUUUAUUGUAUAAUAAUCAUGUAAAUAUGUGAAACAUGUGAACAGGGUUUGAACCUAUAAAGCGUUCCAUUCUGUACAGAAAGGCGGAUGUCUCGAAGUUUGUUUACUCUUCCGGGGCCCUGGCCUGUUAUCCCUUAUCCUAUAACAUUCUUUGGUUGGAGAAGCAUAGUCACUCUAAUUAAGAAUGUGUGAUUGGUCUCAAGAUUUUUAUAUCUAGAUAGAAUUUAGUCAUCAGCAGAUUUGAACACAAUAACUGAAACAUUAAAUGUAUAAAGUUUGAAAGCCUAGGAUUCAGGUAAAACAGUUGAAACUACUUAUUGUGAGAACUACAAAGAAAAAGACAGAAAUUUGGGGGCAAGUUUAGCAAUUCAAUCUUUGUUAGAAAGGGGAACAUGUUAUACAUGUACAGCAUUGCUUUAACUUAUUUGUGUUCUUUUGAGAUUUUCUUCAAGCACAAUGUCAAUGAGUCUUAUUAAACUAUGACGCUGUGUGAUACUAUGAAAGGACAUGGGUCCUGGUCACAUUAAGGUGGAAGAGAAGGGAUUGAGGGAAACAAAAUGGUGAACUCUGACAUCUCAUCUAUUUCUACAAGAUAUUGCACAUUGGAUAAUGAGGUACUACAAGAUUGGGUUAUUCAGGUUUGACCAAGCAAGAGUGAUAGCCGUUCCAGGAACAAUCAGUUGAAGUGGUUAUCCUGUCUUGUCUUGCAUUGCUCUUGGCUGGUUGCAGUUCUGGAAAAGGAUGCCAUUUAUCAUGUGUUUACAAGAGAAGCAAAGAGAGUUAUGACUUUGGGAAAGGGCAGAUUGUUAUUGGGUGCAAGGGCCAUCCUCACAGUAACAAUCAGGCAUGGCUUGUUGCUUGGGUUAGAAGUCAGUGCAAGAGAGCAGGCUUUGCAGUGGAUCUCUGAUUUUUUUGGUGAAGUCAGUGAGAAUGAUGACUUUGUGCAGUCUUCACCAAUCCUGUAUGAUGAUGAUGCUUCGUCAACUGUUGCUCUGUUUUCAAAGCAUGAUCUAAUCAUUGAGCCACCAAAAAGGUACAGGUGAGUGUUGUUUGUGGGGAAUGUAAAUCUCAUCUGCCAGUUUUCAGAAUUGUUUUUGAAGAUUCGAAACUGAGGGGAGGAGAUUAAUGAACAAAAUGCCAUGAAAUAAAGCACUUUGCGAUCAGUAUAUGGACUUGUUUUAAAUGAAAGUUCACACUUUGAAAACUAAACAAUGAAAUCAUAAGAGUAUGAAGUUGUUUUGAUAGGAUGUUUCUCUGGUCAGGCAGGCUAUACAUGCUGUAGGAGUAGAGGCCUCAGGUACAAAGUCCAGAGUGCACUUGCAGGCUCUUGUUGUAGUCUCAUUUGGGAUGUGAGAUCGCCAGCUCCAGUGUCCAUUUCUAGAUAGGCGUAUACUGUGACGGCCCUUUGCCAGUUCUUCAAAUGUUUGGAGAGAGGCCAGACUUCAAGGGCUAAUGGGCAUGUUGACAGAAGUGUCUGAGGGAAGUUCUCAUGGGAGGGGUGGCCCAACUUAAGUGCUGCCAGAAUCUCACUUGCCGUGAUCCUUAAGCCAUUGGCCCUCCAGCAUCACAGUCUGACUCCAGAAUCAGGCAGCAACGCCUAUGUGGCUAUUCAAUGAUGCUGACAAUGUGGUACAAAUAGGCCCUCAGUUUUAGACAUUUGGAUUAGUCCUGACAGAGCAAGGGGUUUUUGUGUCCUUUUUUUUUAAAAAGCAUCUAAAAGGUUCAGAAAACAUAUUGCACUUAAAGCUUGCUUCUUUUGGAUGCUGUAAAGCUGCAUUUGCGAGAGAAAAUGCAUUAAAAUCCAACUUAAAGGGUGUUGAUUAAUAAGAAUCAUCACUGGUACUAAACAGUUGCUCUCCUUUUACCUGGCUUCACACAAAGUGUCUAAAAUAUUUUUUAUUACUUGAAAGUUCUGUAUUAUUUCACAGUUAUAUUUGUUUUUGUAAUUUUAUUUAUAGGUAGACAGUGCUGCAGUAUAUUUUUGUAACGCCAUGGAAUGUUGACUAAUUGCAAGUCAAUAUAGCUCAUUAUCAGGUCAUGAAGUGUUUCUUGCAAAUAUUAUGUACAAUAGGAUAAAGUUGCACAGCAAUCAAAAACAGAUUCUUUUUGUAUUUCCCAUUUAUUUAAAAUAUGACAUUCAUGCAGCUUGUUAUUGCUGAGCAUGUUUCCUUUUUGGAGAAAAUCUAACUGCUUUGUAAACAAAGACAGGAUUUGGGGAUUCACAAUGCUGACAACACACAAACACUAACUUCCCUUAUCGAACCACUUGGGGUGUAUUGUUGCAAAGAUGACCUGUUGCUGUUCAGAGUUUGCGGAAUGCUGCUCUUAAACCUUGUCAUUUCCACAUGUAAUUGCACAGAGUGUGAAAACUUGCAGCUUUACUGAAUGUACAUGGACAUCGCCCCUCUCCUCACUAAUUGGACUGCUUGUAAUCUAGCCUGUGACUGUAUUCUAUGUGUUUGAAUGUAGGAUUGUUUAAAUUCUUUUUGUAUAUGAUUAGUCACUGAGAUGGCUCUUUUUCUUAAAGAAAAUUUUAUUUCAGAUUAAAGUUGGAAUUUUGCCAUGGUUUGCUUUCAUGAAAGGUUCAUUCUGAAGAUUUGUAAUGACAUUCCAUUGAUCUGAAAGGGAAAAAAAUUCAGACUUGCUUGAUUUUAAUUUCAAUAAACAGUUCUCAGUGUUCAAA